CCCUAGCUGCUCCGAGGGUGCAAUGGCGGCUGUAGCGGCUGAAGUUUCUCAUUUGCAGGAGUGCGGCUGUAAAGGUAUCCGGACCUGUCUCAUCUGCGAGAGACGACUCCAGAGGGACCCGCCCUGGCAGAUCUCCCUUCAGAAAAAAUGCUGUUUCCUCUACUGCCCGGACACAGGCUGGGCCAUGGGGGCCGAGGGCUCUGACUUUGAGGGUUGGGCGUUCCCCUUCCCGGGAGUGACACUCACACAGGACUUUGUGACCCCGGAGGAAGAAGCCGAGAUGGUGCGUCUCAUGGACUGCGACCCUUGGAAGCCUUCGCAGUCCGGGAGGAGGAAGCAGGACUAUGGCCCCAAAGUCAAUUUUCGGAAGCAGAAGCUGAAGAUGGCGGGCUUCCAGGGUCUCCCUGGCUUUAGCCAGAAGGUAGUCCAGAGAAUGGGCCUUUACCCGGGGCUGGAGGACUUCCAGCCUGUGGAACAGUGUAACCUGGACUACAGCCCUGAGCGGGGCUCUGCCAUCGACCCCCACCUGGAUGACUCCUGGCUGUGGGGCGAGCGCCUGGUGAGCCUCAACCUCCUGUCGGCCACAGUGGUGUCUAUGUCCCGAGAGGCCCCCGGCAGCCUGCUGCUCUGCCCAGUCCCCUCUGUUGGACCGGAUGCUUUUGAGGGCAACAGCGUGGCCCCUAGCAGGUCCGUCCCCUGCCAAGAGGUGGAGGUGGCCAUCUCAGUACCCCGCCGCUCCCUGCUGGUGCUUACAGGGGCCGCCCGGCACCAGUGGACACACGCCAUCCACCGCAGACACAUCAAGGCCCGCCGUGUGUGCGCCACCUUCAGGGAGCUGGCCAGUGAGUUCCUGCCUGGAGGGAAGCAGCAAGAACUGGGCCAAGAACUGCUGCGGACUGCACUGUCCUUCCAAGGGAGACCCGUGUGAAUGCCUUCCAUGACACAAGAGCUGUCGCUGGCUGACAGCUUGGCUCCAGCGUGACCGACCACUGGAGGGGCAAACACUGAGGUCUCCCCACAACUCAGUAAACUCACGGGGUUUUGAGACAAGUGCUCAUAGAGCCCAGGCUAGCUCCAAUUCUGUAGCUGAGGAUGACCUUGACUUUUCUACCUCUACUUCCAAAAGCUCUGGAAUUACAGACGUACACUGCCAGGCCUGGCUUUAUUUUUGUUUUGUUUUGUUUCUCUUUCUGAGACAGGGUCUCUGGCCUGGACAGGUCUCAAACUCUGUAUUCAGCCAAGGAUGACUUUGAACUCCCAAUCCUCCUGCCUCUACCUCUUGAAUGCUGGGAUUGCCAGCACACCGUCAUAUUCAGCAUUUUCGGUGCUGGGAUGGCAGCGCGUGUCCUGCCUACUGAGCUGUACCCCUCCUGUUGGGGUUUUUUGAGUAAAGGUGUCAGGCGGACUAGACUGGCCUGGUACUCAUUGUGUAGCCUGGCUUUGAACCCCCUGAUCCUCCUGCCUCAGCCUCCCAAUUGCUGAGAUGGCCGUGCACUGGUUAGGUUUUAGUAGGAGUCAUCUGACCCCUGACGUUGCGACAGUCACACACCCUGCCUGGAACUGGUCUGCUGGGCGUGGACUGUGGCCUCUCCAGGUGACGCAGUAUGUCACAGUAUGGAGGGAUUCAGUCUUUUAUCUGGGACGAGCACGAUGGCUCAGUGGCUAAAGGCGCUUGCCACCAAGCCUAAUGACCUGAGCUCAGUCUCUGGAAUCCACAUGAUGAAAGGUGUGUCCCCUGAUCUCCCAUGUAUGUUACCACUCUGAUAAAAUCCAUAAUGAACGGAAAACUCUGGUCUCCUGUGA